UAUUUGGCACAAUCUGGAUCAGAACCUGUCACAUUUGACAAGUGAACAAACAGCUGGAGAUUUGUCUAUGGCUGGACGAGCUUCCCUGGAUGUGGCAGCUAUUCGGUUGGUUGAUGUUCCGGAGAAGGCUCGCAAACUCCUAAACCUGUUGGAACAGUCAAAAGAUCCAAGGUUCCACGCACUGCCUUUGGCAUCUCAGAGAGUAGCUGCGUUUGAGGACACAGUGAACAAACUUGUAUAUGACAUCCUCAUAUCAAAAGUCAGGCAAAGACUCGGGGAAGUAUCUCGCCUACCAAUCUGGUCUUCUGUGGAGGAACAAACUGCGUUUGCUCUACCAAACUUCAGCUCAUACCCUCAGGCUUACGUUACAAGCGUUGGAUAAUAUCUCCUGACUUUACCUCAGCAGCUUGAGCCUCUAGCUGAAGGAAUCUCAACCAAUGGUGAUUCAAACAACGAGGACGCACAGUUCUUUGCAACCGAGUGGAUGUUCAAGGUAGCAGAAGGCGCAACGGCUCUGUACAUGGAGCAACUGAGAGGAAUCCAAUACAUUUCAGACCGAGGAGCACAGCAACUGUGUAUAGAUAUAGAGUACUUGAGCAAUGUGCUUGCAGCCUUGUCCAUGCCGAUUCCUCCUGUGCUUGCAACUUUCCAGACGUGUGUGGCUACACCAAGAGAUGAGCUCAAAGAUGUGAUGAAAUCAGACGCUGGUAGUGAACUUGAUUUCCCUACGGGUAAUCUUGUUUGUAAGAUGCGUCGUAUCAGUUUCGAUUAGUCUCUGAACUCUCAAAAACAUGCUUUUGUGCCCUACGAAGAGGACCAUGCUAACUAAUUUGUUCGGCUGGCCAUUGUCAUAUUUGUAUUACACAUUUCCAAGUUUUGA